AUGGAAGAUAAUUAAACACAAAUUCCAAUUGAUUAUGUUACAUUUUCAAAAACCAUACCUCACCAUUACCCUUAUGAAUGCAUGGGACUUAUACUUAUCCUCAUUUACAUCUUUAUGUAUAUAACUGGAAAUACAACCAAUAAAAAACUUGCAUUAAAAUUUGUAUCAACAACAUACGACUGCUUUAAAACUAAUUUCGCAUUUCUUGGUGUCACAAAUAAAGAAAAUGGGCCGCUACUGUAAUCCAUCUCAAGUAAUUCAUUUGGGUAAACAUUUCCAACUAUAAUUCGUAGAUUUAUAGCUUAAGGAAGAAAUAAUUUAAAUUGUUUUGCUGUCACUAUUGAUCUAAAGAAACGAUAAGAUUUAUUGUCAAUGUUAUUCUUUUCAUUUAUAUGGCCAGAAAAAGACACAAUUACUAUUGAUAUACCUAUAGCAGCCACUCCAUAACCAAUAUGUUUUGCCUUAAUCAAAAAAAGAGAUGCUAAAUCAUAUAAAGAAGCCAAUAUAGAUCUUAAAUAUCUUUGUGAAAAGUUAUUCAUUGAUAAAAUUGAAGACAAGUAAUUUAGUAAUAUAUUUAUAGUUUAACACUUGUCACACUUGGUGAAGGAAAAGAACCUUUAACAACCAUUUUUGAUUCAAAAAUAUGUCAAGCCUUGAAGAAGUAUGAUAAAUAAAUUCAAAAUAUUCACUUUACUGAUUAAAAAAAACUUUUACCAAAGUAUUUAAUUUUCUUAAUCUAAAUUUUAGUCCGUAUCAUCUUGGAGCCACUUUAAUUAAUAUUGAAUCAAUCGAAGAUUAUACUGAGUUCAUUUAGUUGAUCCUCUAAAUUAUUGAUAAGAUUGCUAGUUUCAAAUUAUCAUAAUCUGCUUGAUA